AAACAAAAUGUUUCAGUCGUGUUGGGUAAUUGUGAGAACGGAUGUCGGAACACUCAGUAUUCUGUCGGGCUGCCGAAAUCUUUCGAGUAUCUUGAUGAGGGAUGAUGAAGUAUCAGAAUGAAAGUUUUAGUGAACAUCUUAAUUGUAUCCGGAGUAUAUUAGUUAGAACUCUUUCGCAGGAAAAUGUAUCCCAUAGUGAUGUGCUCAAAGUCAAGCAAUAUGAUAGGGGAAGUUGUAAAAAAAACAUUCAUGUAGUUGACAAAGAAGUGAGACUACGCUUCCUUAAGGAAAGGCAAAAUGAAGAACGGCAAAAGAAAUUGGAAGAAAUUAAAGCACAAGCUCUGGCUGCACAAAGGUUUAAGGAGCAGAAAGAACAUGAACGAAGGAGGCGUUUGGAAGAAAUGAGACUAAAGGAUGACACUAAAAGACAUCAGGUUGAAGAGAGGAAACGAGCUAUUAACGAUGCUGAAAGAGAUAGAUUAGAAUCGAUUCUUCGAAGAAAUCAAGAACGAGAGGCUAGAAUAGAAUCAAAGAAACGAAACGAACGAAGCAAUUUAGUUUUUGCCUUUGGGUCUUCUACACCUCGCAUGUUGGAUCCUACGGAUUUAAGUGUUUCUUUUUGGGGGCAUCGUAGAGCCACUUCAACCCAGAACAUUACAUCUACCUCAACUGGAAGCUCUUUGACUAGAAGACAGAGUGAAAGAGAUUUGGAUGCUGGAAGCAAGAAAAGAGCAAUUUCUGCUGGAGGACUGGAGAGAGCCGGUGAAGGUUUGACAAGCCCUACCACUCCAGCAGGGUGUGCCAGCGGCUACUUGGGAAGACGUAGAACCGACUUGGUGCCAACGAUACCUUCGAGGGACUCCUCGUUCCAUUCCUCCACAUCUCGCAAGUCUCUCAACCAUUCUCCAGGUAGGGCGUAUUCAAUGUCGCGCUUAGACCAGCUUGCUAAACCGAGGAAACCAAUAUUGCCGGCCCUUAACGAAGCCAGCAUGGCUCCUAAGAGUUCAGUAACUCGUAGUAUGAGCCAUCUGGCGCAUGUGGGUACCAAAUUGAGUCCCAGGCAACCUCUGAGCAAAGCAGACAGUCGCAGUUUGCAUCACCUUAGUCCAGAUAGGCCUGUGGCACCUCCAAGAGUUAACAGAGCCACUCAGUUGAGACAACAGAAGUUGCAAAUGGCUCUACAAUCUGGCAGUACCAGUGAGGCUUCGUCUAGACCGAGUAGCUCUAUGAGUCAACAGAGCACAAACAGCAUCACUAGUUCUGUUAACGUCCGACAUCGUAUUUCCGGUGCUCCACGCAGACCUCGCCCCGCUAGCAUCGCAGUUACCGGGGUUACUCACGAAAUCAGGAGUAGUUUCGAUAGAGGUGACCACAAACCUCCACUUCCCAAGGCCCGAAAAUCUUUAUCCAAAACAAAUACUUCUGAAAGAAUUGAGAAGGGUUCUUCAAAAAGUAAGCCAGUUAAAUCUCCUGCUGAAGAGACGGCACCAAAAAUCGUUGCAGUGGAUAAAAAGGAAGUGACACAAGAGAAAAAACCCGAGGAAAAGGUGUCAAAGCCUAUAGAACCGACUGCAAAACCUCUAGAGCCGAUUCAGAGCAAAGAAUCAACACCUACACCUUUAGCUUCAGAAGCAAAGGAAGCCCCUGUAUAUCAGGCACAAGAAGUAGAUGGACCUAAAUCUGAGCAAGCGACCAUUCUUGAGGUUCCACCACAAGAGCCGCCUCAGCCGCAACCAGCUACCCGCGGAGAUAACAUAAUUCAAGAAUUCAUCAACAAUGAGAGAAGUGCAUCUGAAGAUGUAACAAAUACGCAACAAAUUGAAACCUCGGUGCAUUCUCAAACCGCAACAACGACGGUCCCCGGUGCAGCUGCAAUAGUUACAGAAACGAAAGAAUUAAAACCAGACUCUAACGAGUCGAGUGAAAUGACAACCUCUGUAUCAAAGCCACGAAUCACAACUGAGGAAGAAGCCAAAGCUGCUUUGGCUGAGAGAAGAAGGUUGAUCCGUGAAGAAGCGGAAAGACAAGCUGAAUUGGAACGGCAAAGGAUUGAAGCAGAACAAAAGGCUGAAUAUGAGAGGCAACUUAAAGAAGAAGAACAAGCUAGACUCCUCGCUGAGAUGCAACGGCAAGCCGAGCAAGAAAGACUACAAGAGGCCAUAAGGGAAACACAGAGACGUGAGGAAGAGGAGCGGUUAAGACGGGAAGAAGAACAGAGACAGAAACUGCUGAAAGAAGAAGCCGAUAAAAAGGCCAAGGAGGAAGCAGAGAAGCAGAAGGCUGAACUUCAGAAGAAACUGGAAAAUGAAGAGAAAGAACGAGAAGAGCGCCGCAGGAGAGUUGAAAUGAUUAUGUCCAGGACCAGAGGCAAGAAUUCUAAUACAGCGUCACAACAGAAUUCGCAAGAUAAAAAUGAGAACUCUUCCGAGAAUAAACAGCAGAUGGAUGAAAAUCAGCUGAAUGAAGUGAAUCAAGUUAAUGAAAACAAGUUGAAUGGAACGAAACAAGAGAAUGGUACUACAGAUAGUUCUACCACCAAGAACGGCAAAGACGUGGAUGUUGGAAUUGUUGACAAUAUAAUUCCAGAUGAAAGUGUAAAGAAUGCCAACACAGUAGCUGAUACAAUUAAUGCAGAUUCAUUAAACUCGAACAGCGCUUGGCAGGCCUCGAGUCAGCAGUACGAUUCUUAGAUGUGAGCUGAACAUUGGAAUGUGACACGUAAGAUUAUUUGCUAGAUGUAGCCCUUGUCCUAACAUUUUACAUAAUUUAUUUAUACCCCUGGCAUAACAAUACAGGAAACCGCCCACGGAAUCAAGUUUUGAAUUAGUAUAAUAUUAGAAAUAAUCUACUUAAUUCUGUGAGCAGUUUAGUUGGAGUAUUUUGUAUUUGUAUGCUGUUAUACAUUGAUAAUGGAGACGGUUGUAUAUUCAAGUGAUAGAGUUAAUAUUUAUAAAAAGGCAUCUCGUUUAUAUCUUUAAUAUAUUAAAUUGGUUAGGCUUGACUGAGGGGAGGACAAGGUUCGUUCGUUCUGGUUGAAACCAGCUGGUCUUUUGGAAAUUUAACAUCAUUUCCCCCAAAGGAUUACAUUGAUUACAGCUAUUUUAAUUCACGCAAAAUAUCGAAUUUAUACGUGCUUUGAAAAUUAUAUUUGCCACAAUGCAUCGGAAGUCCAAUUUAAAAUUAUAGAAGAUCACUGCUGGGUAAUGAAUAACAGCUUUCGAUUUAACCAGAAUAUUAACUUCCAAAUUUUUAAUUAACAGCUCGGUCUAUACUAGUCAUCUUGUAUGUUAAAAUUGUUGUAUAAUGUUAUCUAAUAUACUAUGUACUGCCCUACGUGGCAGUGUAGUAACCGAACCAUACAUUUUUAUUAUCUAUUAUGCGGUUUGCAUUUUAUUAGAUUUUCUAUACUGAAUUGCUGAUAUGUUACAUAGUGGUUUGAGUCAUAAACGUGUUAUUUGCGGGAAAGGUAAUUUUUUUGUAGUACCCUUUAUAUUUUUGCCUCUAGUUUUCCUUGCGAAUUAGGCAAGUGGUGAAGGUGUCCAACAACGGUUGCAUCGCGAAAAAAAUUCCUAGCAAAAAGUGAAAUACUGACUUGUUUCUCCAAGUUUUCAGCUUUCAUUAAAACUUGAUAGUACGUGUGAUAGGAGUAUACACUUGCGUAAUAUUGUGAGUUCUUUAGGAAAAGUUAGCCUCUUACAUGAACAGUUACUGAUAGUCUAAAAUCAAUUUCUUGUAUCGUCAUAUUUAUCUUAUAAUACUAAAUAAUUAAUAAAAUUUACGUGAGGCAAUUAUAGGUUCAUAUCUUCUUAAAUUGUAACCUUAACUAUACGUCAAAUUUACAGUCGUUUACAAUGCUUGUUAAAAAGUGCUUAAUAAAUGUAAAAUUUAUUUAUGACUUGUAA